AAAAAAAGGAAAAGAAAAGAAAAGAAACCCCCGUCCCUAAAGCGGUGCGUUUCCCCCAUCCGGCCCUUCGCGUCUUUUCCGGAGCCUCCCGCCGUGGGGCUUUGUCAGCCCAGCGCCCUGCCGAGCCCCCGCGCCGGGAGCCGUUAACGGGGACAUCCAUUUUAAAGCCGCUCUUGCAAAAUCUGCGCUGCCGCCGCCGUGGCGGGGCGGGGGAGCCCCCGGGCCCGGAGCUGCUCCCCGCGCCGCUGUUUUAAAUCUCCCUCCUCCGCCCCGUGCCGGCUCCCCGCCGCGCCCAGCCCCGCUCCGCUCCGCUCCGCUCCCCACCGCGCGCCCGGGACUCGCUCCGGCUUCGCCUGCCUCUCCGCAGCCCCCCCGGCCCCGGCAGAGGAAAUAUUACCAUGUUGCGAGCUGACGUAAGGACAUUACAAGGAAAAGGCUACAUUUCGGAGUGUUUAUGAAAAGCCUCGGUACUGUACUGUCACCAGGGGGCAUGCAAUAUCAUGCGUGCCGCCAAACAUUUGGAAUAAUAAUCAUUUCACAACAACAACCACCCCCAAAAGAGAGCCCCGGGCCGGCCGGGGCUAGCGGAGGAGCCAUGCAGCCAAACUUUGGGAAGCCCUUUCCGAUUUUUCUGACAUUGCUACCGCUCGCCCUUGAGGAGCCGUAAUUGCAUUAUCUGAUCCCCCCCUUCUCUCUGUCUCCCCCCCCCUUCUCCCCUCCCCCGACUCUCCGCGUUGCAAAUUUGCUGGCGUUUGGGAAGGAGAAGCCGGCAGCUACCGAGCGGCAGGAGCCGCCGCGAGGCCAGCUCGCCUGCCUGGGAGCCCGGCGUUGUUUUGAAGGGAGCUAACAUGGCGACGGUGCCCGUCUAUUGCAUCUGUCGGCUGCCUUACGACGUAACCCGCUUCAUGAUUGAAUGCGAUGCCUGCAAGGACUGGUUUCACGGCAGCUGUGUUGGCGUAGAAGAAGACGAGGCGCCAGAUAUUGACAUCUACCAUUGUCCAAACUGUGAGAAAACUCAUGGGAAGUCUACCUUGAAAAAGAAAAGAAAUUGGCAUAAGCAUGACACUGGGCAGACUACAGAGGUCAAACCCGUACAAAAUGGAAGUCAAGUCUUUAUAAAGGAACUUCGAAGUCGAACUUUUCCAAGUGCGGAGGAUAUUGUAGUGAAAGUGACUGGAAGCCAACUAACAACAGAGUACUUGGAAGAAAAUGGAUUCACAGAGCCUAUCCUAGUUCCAAAGAAGGACGGCUUGGGUUUGGCUGUACCUGCACCUACAUUCUAUGUCAGUGACGUUGAAAACUAUGUUGGACCAGAGAGAAGUGUUGAUGUCACUGAUGUCACCAAACAGAAAGACUGCAAAAUGAAGCUGAAAGAAUUUGUUGAUUACUACUACAGCACUAACAGGAAAAGAGUUCUCAAUGUAACUAACUUGGAGUUUUCAGAUACAAGAAUGUCCAGUUUUGUAGAACCACCUGAUAUAGUUAAAAAGCUGUCUUGGGUGGAGAAUUAUUGGCCUGAUGAUGCUCUUCUGGGAAAACCAAAAGUUACCAAGUACUGCCUGAUAUGUGUGAAGGACAGCUACACAGAUUUUCACAUAGAUUCUGGAGGGGCAUCAGCUUGGUACCAUGUGCUAAAAGGAGAAAAGAUAUUUUAUCUCAUCAAACCAGCCUCUGCAAACAUUUCUUUGUAUGAACGCUGGCAGUCAGCAGCAAAUCACAGCGAGAUGUUUUUUGCAGACCAAGUGGAUAAAUGUUAUAAAUGCACAGUCAAACAAGGACAAACACUUUUUAUUCCAUCAGGUUGGAUUUAUGCAACUCUAACACCUGUAGACUGCCUAGCAUUUGCAGGACAUUUUCUACAUAGCUUAAGUGUUGAAAUGCAGAUGAGAGCGUAUGAAGUAGAAAGGCGGUUGAAAAUUGUCAGCCUAACCCAGUUUCCAAACUAUGAAACUGCUUGUUGGUAUAUGGGGAAGCAUCUGCUAGAGACGUUCAAAGGUUUGCACAAAGCUGGGCAGCAGCCUCCUCCUCAUUUGCUCCAAGGGGCAAAAAUUCUCAAUGGUGCUUUCAGGUCAUGGACUAAAAAGCAGGCACUAGCAGAACAUGAAGAUGAACUCCCAGAGAAUUUUAAACCAGCACAACUUAUCAAGGACCUUGCCAAAGAAAUAAGAUUAAGUGAGAAUGCCUCUAAAGCCAACAAAACAGAAGCGAGUGCCAAUGUGAACGUAGAGGAAGUCUGUCCUGUGGAGAAAGAGGAAACACCAUCUCCCAUACAAGUAGCAACCCCUCCACCCCCCACAGAAAAAGUCCCUAAAAAAAAGACUCCAAAAAAUGUGAAAACGCCCAAGCCACCCAAGGUGCCCAAGCCGCCCAAACACCCUAAGCCACCUAAAACUCCAAAGGUCAAAGGAGAAGGAAAGAAAAAAGGAAAGAAGGCAAAGGAAAGCCCACCACCGGCCAUUCCAAAUCUUGAUCUGCUGGAGGCGCACACAAAAGAGGCUCUAACAAAGAUUGAAACGCCAAAGAAGGGGAAGGCUGCAAAGAACGUUUUAAAUGUUCCUAAUAAGGAAACUGUUAAUAAACAAAACGAGGUGGAGAAAUUUGAAAUUCGAGAGCAGAAUAAGACCAAAACAGAAGCCAAGUGGAAAUAUAAGAACAGUAAACCUGAUUCAUUACUAAAAAUGGAAGAGGAACACAAAUUGGAAAAGACACCUUUAUCAGGAAAUAAGGACAAUAAAUUUACAUUUUCUUUUGCUAACAAAAAACUGCUUGGGUCCAAGGGAGUCAAAACCCAGUUGAAUACUACUGUGUUUGGGUCUCUCCAAAAUUUCAAAGAAGAUAAAACAAAACCUGUGCGUGAUGAAUAUGAGUAUGUCUCAGAUGAUGGUGAACUGAAAAUCGAUGAGUUUCCAAUUAGAAGAAAGAAAAACACUACAAAAAGAGAUUUGCCCUUUUUAUCAGAUAAGAAAGAAACUCUACAACACACACCAAUUAAAAAGCCAAAGGUGGAAUCGGUAUCAUAUAAGAGUGAUGACUCCUCUGAUGAAGAUUCACUUCACAUUGACACAGAGGCAAAGCCAGGCCGCAACUCCAAAGUAAAGAAAGAGAGCGGAAGUUCUGCAGGAAUUCUAGAUCUGUUGCAGGCAAGCAAGGAGGUUGGGGGUUUGGAGUAUAACACCAACAGUCAGCCACCUGCAUCUCCUAGCACACAGGAAGCCAUCCAGGGAAUGUUAUCAAUGGCAAAUCUCCAGUCUUCAGACUCCUGCCUGCAAACUUCGUGGAAUACCAGCCAAGCUAAAAAUAACUCUAUCUCAACCCAGAACUCCAAAAAAACUGGGAGCAGUAACAACAAAAAUGCAGGCAAGAGGUUACUAAAGAAAAGCACAAAAAAUAGCAUUGACAUUGAAGAUUAUGAUGACCAGGACCAUUUAGAUGCUUGUUUUAAAGAUUCUGAUUAUGUUUACCCUUCCCUUGAAUCAGAUGAAGAUAAUCCAGUAUUCAAAUCAAGAUCAAAGAAAAGAAAAAGUUCUGAUGAUGCUCCGUACAGCCCGACAGCAAGAGUUGGCCCCUCAGUACCUCGACAAGACAGACCUGUUCGAGAGGGUACAAGAGUUGCAUCCAUUGAAACUGGACUGGCAGCAGCAGCUGCCAAGUUGUCCCAGCAGGAGGAACAAAAAGGCAAAAAGAAGAAGAAUACCAAAAAGAAACUGUCUCCCAACAACACAAACAAACUCUCUCAGGAAGGCAGCUCUCCUGAGCCGAAAUUAGAGUCCCACAGCAGUACUCUAACAGACCAUGAAUAUACUGCUGGGGCAAGCACAUUUGGAGUUGCCCAGGUAAACAGAGGUUCUCAACCUAUGGCACCUGGAGUUUUCCUCACACAGAAGAGACCCUCAUCAUCACCGAACAAUGCAGCUGCCAAAGGAAAACGUACAAAAAAGGGUAUGGCUACCGCUAAGCAGAGGCUUGGGAAGAUUUUGAAAAUCCAUCGGAAUGGGAAACUUCUUCUUUAAUAGUUAGAAAACUGGGACUUGAUCAGAGCUCAGUAAUUCCUGAGCUGACACUAACUCUUCAACUCUUGAAGGACUUCAGUAGUAUUGUGCAUCAUUUUAGGGACAAUACCAGUUAACUUUUUGCCACCACUUUAAUAAUUCUUUUUAACUUUCAGCAGUUAAAGUGUACAGAAUACUGCUAUAAAUAUUUUUUAAUAUAGAUGUCCUUUCUCAAAUUGCUGAGAGUGACUAGUUCGCAAAAAGUUAAUAAUAAUCCAAGAAAUUGAGGAUCAUUCCAGUUUUAGGAAAGUAUCCCUCUAAUUUGUUCAUAAGUAAAAGCCAGGUUGUUUUAGCAGAAUGCACAUCCACUUCAGUUACUCUUCACUUAAGAAAACAUAUACCAACAUUACAGAGGUAUUUGGUCAAGGAGAAAUAGACCUGAGUUUUAAAAUUAAUUCUGCAUUGAAAUUCUAUUUAAAAAGGGGGAUAUUUUCUGUGUCUGAGUUCCCAAGACAUUUUAAGGUGCACUUAUAAAUGCAGGAGGCAGUCUGCAUAAGGCAGAACAUGAUGGUUUCUCCCUGGUCAUGACAGAAGUAUGGGCCAACCAAAAGAGCUGUCUCCACACCUGAGCAUGAUUCCACGCCUCAUCCCGCUGACGGUUGGACAACCCUGGGUGCACAAGACAGCGUGUGUUUAUGCACAGUGAAAGCUGGUUUACAGCCCACUGGGGACUGGCAAGGCCCACCUCUUUUAGGGGGUUCAGAACUGAUUGGGAGUUUUAGCUAAACCUUUGCGUUUCCUCUCUGCUUGAGGGUCAGUUUUCUCAGGCAACUGGUAUACAAGAUGGUAUAAUUGCCUGCAUCCAUGGUGAACUCCACAGCAUGCCAAGAUGUGUUGCAGACUUUGCAGUCAUUUAACUGCAGUAUAUGAGGUCAAGCUCUGCUUCUUCAUGUGCAGCUUUUGAUGCUCAUAUCAAAGCACUUCUUAUCAGAUACAUGUAGGUAACCUUGGGAAUGAAGGCUGCAUGUACCCAGGUGUCUGAUAGUGGGGAAAGUGUAGCUUAUUGACAAUUUGACUGGAUACUUUUUGUCUUUUAACUCUCUUAGUGUUUGGUGUAGAGUGCAUUCUUUUACAUUAAACUGCUUGUCUGCAUAUAAACACUUGAGGGGUUAAAUUUGUUUCUCAGGCAACCCCGUAUUUUAAUUUUUUAGAUGUGUUUACUAAGGCAUAUUUUUCAUAGAAUGUAGCUUGUACAUAGCUUUUUAAAUAACUUCUUUUUUAUAAGAGUAAAGUAUCUUUAGAAAUUUCUUUCUAUAGAAUCCUUCAUUAACAUUUAUACGAGUUUUGGCUGAGUAUUAUCAACCAUUGUAUUUUUAGUUUGAUUCUAAAAGGGUUUGUUUUGAUUUUGUUUUGUUUUUCAUUUUCCUUUCUUUCUGGAUUUGGGCGUUGCCUGAAAAACAAGUAAAACUUUGUGCAGCCUUAUAAAACGUCUUAUACAGAAUCAAAUCAGAGUACAAAAUAAUCUAUUUAAGACACAUUUUGAAGAAUAAUCUUCAACUUUAAUACCAGCUCUUUGUUUUAAUUCUUGUAUUAUGAGGGGAUACAGUUAUUUUACUAGCACCUUGUGAAGUGUUUCUGUGUUUUGUGAUGAUGUAAUUUAUUAAUGUUUGUAGCUUUUUAUAUUUGUACAUUUCUUAUGAGCUUUGUUUAUAUACACAUUACCUGGAUGUGAUGUCCAUGAAAAAAACAGCUACAGGAAACAACUGAGGCCUUAUUAACUAACCUUUAUACUGUUAUAGUGUGACAUAGAUUCUGAGCGCUAAGGAGUCUAAGAGAGUUAGUUGAAUAGGGCCCCAGACUUAUGCAGAGCAGGGUUUUUAAGCUUCCCUAGUAUACUGUUCUUGUUGAGCAUUUAUAUAAUAUAACCCAGACAUCAUGCUGUUUUUUUAUUAUUAUUUUCGCAACAUGUACAUUUCUAACAAAGUUUAUUGUGGCUAUCUAUUACAGUGUUUUAUUUACCAAUUCAUAUCAAAUGCUCUUGUAUCAAGUUCAUGAAAUCUAAGUAAACUUAGAUCAAAGUUUAAAAAAAAAAAGUAAAAUAUUUCAGGUUUUGUAUACAA